AUGCUCACCUUCACCGAGCUGUCGUGCCCGGCGGACGGCGAGGGGCAGCCCCGGUCCGUCGACGCGCAGCUCUGGCUGGCCUGCGCGGGGAGCAUGUGCACCGUGCCGCCCGUCGGCGCCGCCGUCUACUACUUCCCGCAGGGCCACGCCGAGCAGGCCACGGCCGCCGUCGACCUGUCCGCCGCGCGCGUCCCGGCGCUCCUCCCCUGCCGCGUCUCCGCCGUGCGCUUCAUGGCCGACGCACACAGCGACGAGGUCUUCGCCAAGAUCCGCCUCGUCCCGCUCCGCCACGGCGACCCCGCGGUCGACGUGGGCGACGCCGCCGCCCAAGGGAGGCCGCAGGACGACCGCCCCAAGCCGGCCUCCUUCGCCAAGACUCUCACGCAGUCCGACGCCAACAACGGCGGCGGCUUCUCCGUCCCGCGCUUCUGCGCCGAGACCAUCUUCCCGGCGCUCGACUACAGCUCGGAGCCGCCCGUGCAGAGCAUCGUCGUCAGGGACGUGCACGGGGACGAGUUCAAGUUCCGCCACAUCUACCGGGGCACCCCGCGCCGCCACCUGCUCACCACCGGCUGGAGCAACUUCGUCAACCAGAAGAAGCUCCUCGCCGGCGACUCCAUCGUCUUCCUGCGCAGCGACGGCGGCGAGGUCCACGUCGGCGUCCGACGCGCCAAGCGCGUCUUCUGCGACGAGGGACACUCCGGGUGGGACCACUACAGGGGCCUCAUGCGCGGCGGCAAUGCGGGCUCCGGCGACGCCGCCGCCAAGGGCAAGGUCCCCGCCGAGGACGUGGUCGCGGCGGCCAGGCUGGCCGCCGCCGGGCAGCCGUUCGAGGUGGUCUACUACCCGCGGGCGAGCACCCCGGAGUUCUGCGUGCGCGCGGGCGCGGUGAGGGCGGCCAUGCAGGUGCAGUGGCGCCCCGGCAUGCGCUUCAAGAUGGCGUUCGAGACAGAGGACUCGUCGCGGAUCAGCUGGUUCAUGGGCACCGUCGCCGGCAUCCACGCCGCCGACCCCAGCCGCUGGCCGCAGUCGCCCUGGCGGCUCCUCCAGGUGACCUGGGACGAGCCGGAGCUCCUCCAGAACGUGAAGCGGGUGUGCCCGUGGCUGGUGGAGCUGGUGUCGAGCAUGCCCAACCUCCACCUGCCGUCCUUCUCGCCGCCGCGCAAGAAGCCGCGGAUCCCGUCCUACGCCGACUUCCCCUUCGACGGGCAGCUCUUCCACCCGCCGCCGCCGCCGUUCCCGCCCAACCACCCGCUGGCGCACGAUCAACUCAUGCACCACAGCUUCCCCUUCUUCCCCUUCCCGGACAGCAAUGGUGCUCCUCUCGCAGGGAUACAGGGAGCCAGGCAUGCGCAAUUCGGUCCGUCCUUUUCGGAUCUCCACCCCAGCAACCUGCAGUCGAGCCUGCUCUACUCCGGCGGCGCCCGCCGCCCGCCCGCGGCGACCGACCACGUUGCUCCCCGCGCACCAAGGAUCAGCACCGACCUCACCAUCGGCACCUCGCCCGCCCGCGAAGACGACGUCAGGGCGUGCACCCCGCCAAAGAAGGCCGGGGACGUCAAGACUCUGCUGCUCUUCGGGCAGGCGAUACUGACCGAGGAGCAGAUGAAGUCCUCGCCGGUGGCCGGCGGGUGCGGCUCGCCCAACUGGGACGCGGAGAAGGCGCCCAACCUCUCGGAAGGCUCCGGGUCCGGCUCCGGCGUGAUCCAGGGCAGCCCAAGCAACAACAACAACAACAACACGUCCUCAUGGAGGCUGCAGUGGUUCGGGGACAGCGGCAGCCAGGCGGCGCCGGAGCUGGGGCUGGAGCCCGGGCAGUGCAAGGUGUUCGUGGAGUCGGACGCCGUGGGGCGCAACCUGGACCUCUCGGCGCUGGGCUCGUUCGAGGAGCUGUACGGCCGCAUGUCCGACAUGUUCGGCAUGGACCGCGCUGAAGUGAGGAACCACGUGCUCUACCGCAGCGCCGCCGGCGAGGUGAAGCACAUCGGCGAUGAACCUUUCAGCGCGUUCGUGAAGUCGGCCCGGAGGCUGAUGAUCCUGGCGGACGCGGGGAGCGACAACAUUGGGGGCUAGGAAGGGAGGCAAGCAGCAACAUCCAUCGAUCUUGAGCCGAAUAACCUAGGUCGCCGGCGACCCCUGGACCUCCAUUAGCGAGCAAUAAGCCGGAGCAAGUACCACCCCACGCCUACAGCCCAAGUACAAGCUGUGGUUUCUUCCUUGUCGAGAGUUAGCUCAUUUCCCUUUGCAUUUUUCUCGUCGUCGUAGCCGUACCGUAGGCAGGAGCUGCAAACAAAUCAAUGUAGCAGCAGCAGCAGCAGCAGCAGUACCACUCUGGAUACCACUCCUAGCAGCAGUACCUUUCAUGAUCAUCAUCAGCAUCAUCGAAUGUAACGUACCUACGUACUUCCAUCCA